AUGCAUAGACUUAGAAAAAGAGAUCCUGAUAGAUUUUCUAAUGGUAUUGGUAUUUGUUUAUGGAUAAUGGCAAUUUCCGAUUUGUUUUCUUUAAUUUCAACUGUAUUUUAUUUAUCACCUCAUAUAUGGAUGCCAUAUAUGAAUAUUACUUUUGUAAGUGUACUUUGUAAAUGUAUUUUUUUUAUCAUGAAAACAGCCUACAGUCAAUCAAUGUGGGUAUGGUUAUUGAUGUCAGGAUUACGUUAUACCGCCGCUUAUCGCCCUCUUAAAUAUACAACAUUAUGGAGAAUUCCAAUUAUUGUAAUGACUUCAACAUUUUCCGGAGUUUCAUUUCUUAAUGUAUGGUUAUUUUAUAACAUAUCUGCGUCAUCUGAAACUUGUAUUAAUACUAUUCCUAAUAUAAAUAAAUAUUACGAAAUUGCAUAUGUUUUUAUAUCUUAUGGAAUCCCAACAAUAUUUAUAUUUUAUAUGGAUAUAGCUGUUCUUUUUUGUAGAUCAAUGGCAUCAAAAACAUCUGAUUCAUUACUUGAUUCUGUUGUAAUAAGACCAGAAAAAGAAAGAAAAAAAUCUGUUUACAAAAUCUUAAUAAUUAUUGUAACAUGUUUAACAUUAAAUACACCAGAAAAUAUAUUUCGGAUUAUAGAUAAUUUCGAUAUAAUAAUUUAUGAAAAUAAUGAUUGGUUAAUUAGUUCCGUAAGAGCCAUUUCAAAGUUAUUUUUCUUUUCACAGUUUUCAUUUAAUGCUUUUUAUCUUACUACAUUUGUUUAUGAUAAGAGUAUAAAUACAAAAAAUAAUUCGUCAAGACAAUUAAGUAUUUCUGUUAGAGCUAGAAUUGAAGAAAGUGGUCAUUUAAUUAGAGAAAGAAGUUCAACUAUAGCAGCAGGAAGAGUUCUAUCAUCAACAUUAACAGUUACAGUACCAAGAAACGCAAGUUUUUGUAUCGCUGAAUCACAAUUGAAAAAAAAAAAUUGCAUUUAA